UUUUGUUGUAAUGCUAUAAUUUAGUAUGCUGCAAUAAUUUGAUGAUUGUUUUGUUUGAAGAGAACUUUUAGCGGUUUCUUUUUUAAUUGCGUUUUGGUUGGUGAUCUUGUUGCUGUUAUAUGUGUGCAUGCAUGUGGUGAGCUUUUUAGCUUUCAUUUAUUCAUUUUUUCUCUUUGAAGAAUUAUUCCCAGUGAUACUUUUGCACUUGACUGCCUUCUUUUUUUCGAGUUUGUUUUGAUAUUGAUGAAAAGCUUUGAUCUUGGAAAUUUGUCGGUGGCCUGAGAAACGAUGCCAAACCAGCUAUGGUUUGCACUGCUAAUGAAUUAUCAGCAUGGAAAGAUUUUCCAAAGGGCCUCAGGGUUCUUCUCCUUGAGGAGGACAGCAUUUCUGCUGAAGAGAUAAAAUCGAAACUUGAAGCAAUGGAUUAUAUUGUUUCUUUAUUCUGCAAUGAGAAUGAAGCUUUGUCAGCAAUUUCAGACAAACCUGAAAGUUUCCAUGUUGCUAUUGUAGAGGUCAGCACAAGCAACAGCAAUGGGAACUUCAAGUUCCUUGAAACUGCCAAGGACUUGCCUACCAUCAUGACUUCAAACAUUCAUUGCCUCAGCACCAUGAUGAAAUGCAUAGCGCUUGGUGCUGUUGAGUUCCUUCGGAAACCUCUUUCUGAAGAAAAAUUGAGGAAUAUAUGGCAGCAUGUGGUUCAUAAGGCAUUUAAUGCUGGGGGAAAUGUUGUCUCUGACUCACUAAAGCCUGUCAAUGAUUCUGGAGCUUCUAUACCGCAGCUCAAGGUAGAAACUGAAGAACGCAAGAACAAGAACUUAGAGAGAACUGAAAAUGUAUCUCCUGCUCAUGAAAAUGAAUAUGAGCAGUCACCACUCAGUGACAAGUACCCAGCCCCUUCAACCCCACAAUUAAAACAAGGAGCAAGGUUACUGGAUGAUGGGGAUUGUCAAGAGCAUACUAUUUGCUCAACAGAAAAAGAGAGUGGAGAGCAAGAGGGGGAAUCUAAAUCUGUCGAAACAACUUGUGCAAUGACUGAUGUAACUCCACAAAUUGACCAUCCUCAGAGCUUAAGUGAGACUACAAUCAAAGAAGAGGAUGAGUCGGUUGAUGGUGUCAAAAGUGCAGAUAACAUAUCUAGUCAUCCACAAAACAAAGACAGUCUCAACAGUUCUGAUGGCAGUGCUGAAAAUCCAAAUAAAGCUUCUCGUCAUCAUAAAUCCUAUGGGACUAAAGUUAAUCGAAAGAAAAUGAAGGUAGACUGGACGCCUGAGCUGCAUAAAAAAUUUGUGCAGGCAGUGGAGCAACUUGGUGUAGAUCAAGCCAUUCCUUCACGUAUACUAGAGAUGAUGAAAGUGGAAGGCUUGACGAGGCAUAAUGUAGCAAGUCAUCUUCAGAAAUUUCGAAUGCAUAAAAGGCAUAUUCUACCCAAGGAAAAUGAUAGGAGAUGGUCACAACAAAGAGAUCAAAUACAAAGGAAUUAUUAUGCACAUAAACCUGUCAUGGCAUACCCACCAUAUCAUACAAAUCACACAUUCCCAAUGAGUCCAGUCUAUCCUAUGUGGGGAGCAACUGGUAGUCACCCAGCAGGUGUACCAAUGUGGGCCUCACCUGGCUACCCCCCAUGGGUACCAACCGAAAGUUGGCAUUGGAAGCCUUAUCCAGGGAUGCAUGCGCACGCUGAUGCGUGGGGUUGCCCUGUGGCACCACCACCUCAUAAUCCUUAUUCUUCUUCGCCUCAAAAUACUGCAGGGUUUCACAAUGCUGGCACAGUUGAUAACAGCUGCAGCGUGCCACAAAAUUCUUUUGACCAAUAUCCGUCAGAGGAGGUAAUUGACAAAGUAGUGAAAGAGGCAAUCAACAAGCCUUGGUUACCAUUGCCUUUAGGAUUGAAACCUCCAUCAACUGAUCUAGUUCUAGCUGAACUUUCUAGGCAAGGCAUCUCAAGAGUUCCCCCCACACAUCAAUGAUUCACAUUCCAUAUGAGGUGGUUCACUUAGUCAUUCUCAUAGCCACCAAAUGACAAACAGAAAGACAGAGAGCCUAUACCAAUCAGAGAUUCAUCAUCUGUCAAUAAAAGAAAAAAAAGGUGGGGACCCCAUUUUCAGGGCAGAAGAAGACAACCCAGAAAAGUCUUGUGAUCUGGGUAUCUGCCCCCAGAUACGAUGAGUGAAGGAUUGAUGUACGGCCAACAUGAACGGUUAGCAACAGAGCCACGUUGGUGGAUUAUUGACCUCAUGUCAAAGUUGUGGUUGUAAAUACAUCAUAGAUCCUAACAAAGGGAGCAAGCAUUGCUGUUACCGUAGUUCAAUGUUGGCACUCACUGUUUUCUGCUUUUUCCUUUUUGGUGGUUUUUUUUUUUUUCUUUCUUUUCUGUAUGCAGAUUGGUGGGUGGUGGGGUCUUUUACUUUAAAUUUUUAUUUUUCUGGGUGUUGGUGGGGGCCUGUGAUAUGUGAGGUUGCUGUCUAAUAAUGUGGGAAAAUGGUGGGGAGAUAAUGUGGAUGGUACCACAGGGACUUUGUGAAUAAAGUUGACAUAGAAUCUUGAUGGA